AUUUUUGCCCUUGGCUCUGUAUAGCUACCUGUCAUUCAUAGACGAUAAAUUCAGGUGAUAUUGCUUCUUUCAUCUGAUGGAGAGCUCCCAUCUCAACGAUGAUUAUGAUUCAUCCCUACCAAAAGAAAAAUGGUGGGGAAAUCUGGAGCUCCACCAAUUCCAUGGCUACUGGUUUUGGCUUCCAUCCCUCCAAGCAGCCCAACAGAUCAAGAACAAUUUCAGACCCCUUCCAACUGAUGUAAUCUUAGCUUCUUUUCCGAAAACGGGCACAACAUGGCUCAAAUCCCUCCUUUACUCUAUCGUUAAUCGCUCGUCAAAAGAGUCCUUGAUUCUGAAUCAUCCUCAUGAACUUGUUCCCUCACUAGAGAUUCAAGUUUAUCCACAUCACCUGCCCUCUUCUGAUAUUUCGGCAGACAAUUUUCCCCCGGCUGGGUCUGGGAUCUUCAAUACACAUCUACCUUAUCAGUUUUUGGCCGAUAACGUCAAUUCAUCGGCUUGUAAGGUUGUUUAUGUUACCAGGAAUCCCAAGGACACCCUCAAUUCCAUGUGGCAUUUCCUGGGGAAGUCGAAGAGCCCGGAGACUAAGCCAUGGACAUUAGAUGUGGCUGUAGACAAGUUCUGCAGAGGUGUUGUCCCUUUUGGACCUUACUAUGAUCAUGUGUUGGAAUAUUGGAAAGAGAGCUUGGAAAAACCUCAAAAAGUGUACUUUAUAACUUAUGAGGAAUUGAAAAAUGACCCCAAAACCCAGGUUAAGAAGCUGGCUGAGUUCCUGGGGUGCCCCUUUGUGGGUGAUGAUAAAGAAUUGGAGGUGGAGAUGGUUGUGAAGAGUUGUUCCAUCGAAACUUUAAAGAAUCAUGAGGUGAACAAAUCCAAUGACUCGCCCAGUUGGUCCCCAGUGCCUUAUAAUUCCUUCUUUAGACAAGGUGAGGUUGGUGAUCAUAAAAAUCACUUCAAGUCUGAGAUGAUUGAGCGCCUUGAUGCCAUUACAAGGGAGAAAUUUCAUGGAUCAGAUUUCAUGUAUGGUAUUUAGUUGGUGUUUCUUUUGAUUAUUAGUUGAAAGGGUAUUUGGAACCGUCUCUCUUAGGUUCGUUUAGAUAUUUCAGUUUGUCAAAUAAUGGAACUAUUAGUUAAUAAAGUUAAGCAUUUAUUUUGUAAGACUUAUUUAAGCACUUGCGCAUUAUGGUUGUUUAAUUUAGAAAAAUAAAAUAA